GGUGUGUAUGUGUGUGUGUGUGUUUUUUCCUCUCCCUGCAUCUCUUAUGGGAGCCGCGGAGGCAGAAGGACGAUAAAGAUGAUGGAGUUUAACGGCGCUGCGCAGAUCAGCACUCAGUGGAAACCUGCGCUGAACUACAGCAGCGCCGCCGCGUCCUCCACCACGUCCUCCAUCGCGUCCUCCCCACCCAGGACUAUCACUCAGCAGGUGUCAGAGAGCAGCUCACACACACAGGAGAGCGACAGCGACACGUUUCCGUCGUCCCAGUCGAAGCCCUCGGACGAGCAGCAGGAGUUCUCCAGCUCAGAAACACACGACGAGCAGGAUCUAAAGAGCGCUCACAGUCCCUACUCCAGAUUAAACAUUUACUCGUCUGAAGACAGCGAUGAAGACGUCUGCGCUUCCCGACUGAAGAAGUCGAAGAGCAUCUUGGACGAGUUAUUUACUGACGAGUCCAACGACUCAGCUUCUGACAGCGGUGAGGAUCUUCCUUCAAAACCGGGAGAUGAGAGCGAUGGAAGCAGCUCGGACAUCAGUGAGUGUCCUCGACCGAGCGCAAGCACUCACCGGCGGUCAAGGGUCGACGGCGUAGCCGUAAACAAGACGGAGAAAACCGAGGACGGGAGGAGAGUGUAUAACAAAAAACACUACUGCCUGUUUUGCUCAAAACCUUUCAGCAAGAUAGCGAGACAUUUAGAGGACAUUCACUCGAAGGAAGAGGAAGUCUCGAAAGCGUGCAGUUUCCCUAAAGGUUCCAAACAGAGGAGGAUGUAUCUAGAUGAGCUCCGCCUCAGAGGGAAUUACAUCCACAACAUAGCCGUGCUCAAAUCCGGAAAAGGCGACUUGAUCCCGUACAAGCGGCCGCGCGGGGAAAUGAAAGCGAGUGACUUCAUGCACUGCCCGCACUGCCAGGGCUUAUUCACCAAGAAAGUCCUGUGGAGGCACAUGAAGGUGUGCAAGCUGAGUCCCAAAGAUUACGUCCCCAAGCCCGGGAAGAACCGUGCACUGUCUCUGUGCGCGGCCACGCAGCCUAUUCCACGCAACAUCAGCCCGGAGCUCUGGAAGAUUUUAAGCGUCAUGGUCACGGACGAAAUCACGGAAGCUGUAAAAAACGACAGCUGCAUCAUCCAGAUGGCCGAACACUGGCUCCGGAAGAGCGGAGACUCUCCGAACGGUCAGUGCUUCAUCCGGCAGAAGUUACGGGAAUUAGGAAAGCUGCUGCUCAGCGGCCGGAAAGUGACGUCUCUGCGGAAACUGGAGGACUUUAUUGACCCGUACAACUGCAUGCAGGCGGUCGAGGCCGUGCGGCACGCGUGCGAAUACAACAGCGAGAAAAACACGUACAAAAUUCCGUCCCUCGCUAAAAAAAUGGCCAUUUGCUUGGCGCAGCUUAGUCGCCUCAUACGAACUAAAGUGGUGAUGCCAAAGAACGUGAAGCUGGCCCGAAAACUGCAGAACUUCCAAAAGAUCCACGAGGAACGUUGGAACGAUUUGCUUUGCGCGACGGUGUCGAGGAACUCCGAAGACGAGGAGGUAAAAUUUAAACCUCCGUUGCUCUUGCCGUUUACGGAAGAUGUUCAGAAGCUCCACGUGUUCCUCAACAAAGCGCAGGACGAGUUCACAGUGCGGUUAUCCGCCGAGUCGUCCACGAAACACUGGUCGGAUUUAGCCAAGGUUGCUUUGACCCAGAUUAUUUUGUUCAACCGGAGCCGGGAAGCUGAAGUGGUGAGCAUGACGGUGGACACGUUUCUUUCCCGGGACAACGCCGAUCCUGCCACGGACAUCGACUGGGCUCUGACUGAGGUCGAGAAGCAACUAUGUCGACAUUUUUACAAAAUCGUCAUCCGGCGAGAAGGAGCGCGUCCCAUUCCCAUCUUGUUGACUCUUAAAAUGCUGCGAGCCCUGCAGCUGCUAGUGGAAAAGCGAGAAUCCUGUGGCGUCAUGAAGGACAACACUUAUGUCUUCGCCCGGCCGUCGGCCUCGUCCCAUUUCAGGUGCUCGGACUGUGUUCGAGGCUUCUCAUUGAUUUGUGGAGCAAAGGAUCCUCAGUCGCUGACUUGCUGGAAAUUGCGGAAGCAGAUGGCGACACUGUCCACGGUGCUGAAUCUCGGAGACCCAGAAAUAAACCAGUUGGCCAGCUUCCUCGGGCACGAGCUGAUUAUCCAGGAUGAGUUUUACCCCCUGCAUGAACGGACACUACAGCUAGCGAAAGUGCACAAGGUGCUAACGGCAAUGGAGCAGGGACGGAUGAUGGAGUUUAUGGGCAAGAACUUCACAGACAUCGAUGUCCAACCUGAUGAGAAGGUUGAUCUAAGCAGCGAGAAAGUAAAGAGGAGCUGGGAAUGUUCAGGCGUGUUUCCCGGCACAUGUCCUGGGAAAAGUGUCGCCCAGAAGAAAAGGAAAACGUGGAGCGGUCCUGAAAUCCAGGCCGUGGAAAAGCACAUGAAGGAUUACAUCACUUCCUGUCGAGUCCCGGGCAAAGCGGCGUGCGAGAACUGCUUAAGCGCCGAACCUUUAACGCUCAAAAAGAGAGACUGGCAGAGCGUCAAGUUCUACAUCUACAACCGCAUCAUGGCGCAGAAGAGAGACGCCAGUCACAAAGUCUGAAGAGUUUCACAUUGUUACUUAAAAAUGUAACAAAAACACAAACAAGUGUAGCAUUAAAAUAAAAAUGUGAUAACUGUUUAAAUCUGUAUGUUACAUCAUCACGCAACACCGCGGGAAAGUGUUUUAGCCGAUUGAACUCCACAGCGUUUGUAGCUACACACACACACACAUUCACUCAAUCUUUGUAACUGACGUCAGAUCUUCAGUAGAUAUUUUGAUAAUUUUUAACAAUCUAGGACAUUGUCCUAUAAACUAUAUACAGUACUGUGCAAAAGUCUUGAUCCCCCCUUAGGCUGCAAAGAGCCUAAAGUUACAGUUUAAAAACUGCUUGUUUAUGUAACGUCGUUCAGGAAGCCGCAAGAACCGUUCAUCUAAGAAAGUCUAGAGUUUUGGAAGAAAUGUAUGUAGAAAUGUGUUAGGGAGCCAAGACUUCUGCACAAGACUGUAUAUCUCUUCUGAGGUCAGCACAUGAAUGGCAGAUCGGGCCUUUAUUCUCAGAUUGGAUUAGCAGAGUGAGCUAACUGUACUAGUGAUGAUAAACUUUUAAACUUACUGACUCCUAAGUGGUGCAGCAGAGCUCACGAUGAUGUCAUACACACAACCUCCCUUAUGGGGUAGUCUUAAUACCCCCAUCUUACCUAUGUAAGUUUUGGCGCUGUGAUUACGUUUCCAUCUUUCCAUGCGAAAAAUUGCGUUCCUCGCGGAAGCUCGCGGAUAUUGCAAAGCUUUGCAAAACAACGGUGAGAAAUUACGGCGGCUCACGGUGCCCAACAACACAUCUCACUGCGAGUCAAACAUCAUAGGUGAGAUAGGGGUAUAAGGGCGGGGUGGAAUACUUGCACUCCAACAUCACUCCUAGCGGCUCUGGCCAAUCGUGUGUCUGAGCUCAUGCAGAAAUUUUAAGGUGGAAGUGGGCGGAUAGAUGUUUCCUCUGAGUGCCAGGAUGCUGCCACUUCCCUUUGACUGCAUCAUACCGCCCCCUGCUGGACUUUUUCCUUUCCUCUCACCAUCUCUUUACCAGUCACGUCUCAGCUUCGGACGGCAGAAAAAAGGGAAACAAAUAUAGAGGACAGAAUAAAACCAGAAAAUAUUACAUCGCUGAUAUUCCAGUGUUGUAAAUAAAUAAAUAAACGUGUGUUCCUCAUGUGAUGUCAAGUCACACAAGCAGCUCAUAUUCAAACUGAUCUGUCCCGGACUAUAUUUUGUCUCCAUUACUGGGAAUAAUAAGUGAAAAUAAGAACUGCAGUCUUGUAUCUUUCCUGUAGGUCUCACGUUGUCUGUCUUUGUCUCAUUAUUAUUAUUAUUAUUAUUAUUGAUUUACAGAUUAGAGGUUAAAACCGCAAACUAUUUUUAGACCUAAACCUACGAUUGUUGCAUUUCUAUACAGCUCUGUUCUCAGAUUUCUUAUGAUUUUGUGGAUGAAGUAAAUAAGACUGUAGCGUUUAACUCGACUACGUAACGUAGCAGACCAUCACCCUGGUAUCAGAUUUGUGUCCCGAUUAGUUGUAGCUGUGGCUGUACGUGUGGAUGUGAUGGAGCUUCUUCACUUUUUAUUAUGGUAUAAUCACACCGCAUUAAAAUUCGACACUGUGUUGUGGACUGCAUGAUUUCUGUUUCUUUACAGAACGCCGCCAUGUUCUGCUUUUUAUUAAUAAACACAAUGAAUACUCUUC